AAGCAGCAGAAAAUCAUAUCAUUUCAAUACCUAUCUAAGAUUUGAUUUCACUAAAGCCGCGCUUCACUAUAACAUCGACAACUUCGCUCAAAAUGAAGGCCUCGACCGUUCUGGUUUCGCUCCUCAGCAUCUGCUUGACAGGUGUCCAGGCUGGGCUUAUAGCACGAGCAGCCGACUCUAUAGCCAAUGGUCUGGAGGGACGAGACCAAACCCCCUUUUGCAACCAGGAUUCCGACUGCCACCUUGACGCAUGUACCAAUCCCACCUGCGUUCAAUUUCUAAGGUCUCUAAAGGAAUGCGUUUGCCCUUAAUUUUUGGGUGUUCGAAUGGUAAUGUCUGGAUAUGUCUGAUCUGGUUGUACGAUCAAGGUUCAUAAACCCUUGGAAAUUAAUUAGUUAUCUUUCUAUUGGAGGCAAUUAUGUAGGGAAUUCAAGGACAGGUAGAGAUUACAGUGACAGGUACGGAUCUAGGAUGGAUAGUUACUUGUAAGGUAUAACAAUCAUAUUGCUAAACUUCCUGGCUUAGACAUCCAUGACCAAGGGUUGAUCCCAGAGGGGGCAGGCUGCUGACAAUGAAAUAUAUGCUGUCGUCGGUGUUAUAUUAGCGACACGAUGUGGUCGUUGGGGUUUAUUGAUGACUAAUUCUUGUGUCUUCAAUAGUAAGGAUUUGAUGUUAUUAUGUUAAGAUUCAUCGGUAUUGUGAUGAUUUAGGCUAGGCAUCGUCUUUGAAUG